AAGGUGCUGCGGAAAAAGAAACACAGUCCGGCGCUGAACCCCAAUGCUAGCAGGGCUUGUUUACAGACCCUUUCUUGGGGUGAAGCGAAAUAGGGAGACGUUUACAUCGGUAGAGUAGGUGGCAGACAGACCGCUUGGGUUUUCCUCCUACUUAACGAUAGGGCUUUUUCCAGUCCGUGCUACGAUUUCUCCUCCCAAAAGGUCCUACUCAGUGUAACAGGGAUAGAGGUCAUUUGAUUUGACCUCUCCGGCGCUCCGUUGCCAAGGAAGCUUGGAGCACCCGCCCUGCCCCGCGUGUCCUCCCGCGGCCUUAGGGAAGUGCGUGCUGUCAUGGCGACGUUGCUGUGUGGGGCCGUGCGACCGCUCCGCUUGCUCCGAGGUCUCCCUGCGCUCGCUGCAGAUGUGCCCUUCCGAGCCGCGAGCCAUGGCACUGGCCUGCUCUACCCCGAACACAUCCCCACCUCCCCGCUGCAGAAGGCGCUUUUGGCUGCCGGCUCUGCCGGAAUGGCUCUCUACAACCCGUAUCGCCACGACAUGGUGGCAGUUCUAGGGGAGACCACAGGAUGCCGUGCCCUGAAGGUCCUCAGGGACCAGAUGAAGAGGGAUCCAGAAGGCGCCCAGGUCCUGCAGGAACGUCCCCGGAUCUCUCUGUCCACCCUGGACCUGGGCAAGCUGCAGAGCCUGCCAGAGGGCUCCCUUGGCCGCGAGUAUCUUCGUUUCCUGGAUGUGAACAGGGUCUCCCCAGAUACCCGAGCGCCCACUCGAUUCGUGGACGAUGAGGAGCUGGCCUACGUGAUCCAGCGGUACCGGGAGGUGCACGACAUGCUCCACACCCUGCUGGGGAUGCCCACCAACAUCCUGGGGGAGAUCGUGGUAAAGUGGUUUGAGGCUGUCCAGACCGGCUUGCCCAUGUGCAUCCUGGGGGCGCUCUUCGGACCAGUCCGACUCCGUGCCCGGCACCUGCAAGUGCUGGUCUCAGAGCUGAUCCCGUGGGCAGUUCAGAAUGGGCGCAGGGCCCCUUGUGUCCUCAACCUGUACUACGAGCGGCGCUGGGAGCAGCCCCUGACAGCUCUGCGGGGGGAGCUGGGCAUCACGGGCCCCCCCAGGCACAUCCGGGGCCUGGCCUAGGCCCUGAGCCGCUGAGCCAGGGGGGCCCGCCCCAGCUCCCCACCCACUUCCUGGGAGCAGAGGGCUCCUUUGUCACUGCCUUUGUUCCUUUUCUUUGAACACUGACCCUUGGACGUCAUUUAUCAGAAUUUGUCAUAACCGCUGCUGAGUGGCUUUGAGGACCAACCCAGGAGGCAGCAGCCAGUGCAAAGGGCGCACAGGGAGCCGGGGCCGCCCACAGAGAACCAUGUGUGCACAGGAGCCCGUCCUCCGGGCCCAUUCCCGGCUGUCUCCGGUCCAUGCCCAUAUCCUAGACCCCUCCCUGCCAGCCAGGGCUAUCUGUCCUCCUGGGAGGGGCGACUCUACCCAAGCCCGGAGGCCCAAGAACAGGGAGGCAGAGGGGAGAGGAGUCUCUGCUGUGGGAAUGGAGGCUCCCACCAGGCCAAAUGCCUGCUUCCCCGGCCUUUGCCCAGUGCUGGCUGAUGCCGGCAGCCUUGCGCCUGUGGGCCCCGGGAAGAGACGCCCCCUCCAGCCUGCCCUUCAGUCACUUGCCCCACUCCUUGUCUGAAGUUGGGCAAAUGGAUUCAAGCUCCCAACUCUACAGGUUUCCAGCAGAGGGACUCAGGGCAAGUCCCCUCCCUCCUCAGCCCACUUCAUCAGUAAGAGGAAAAGGAAAACAGCAUCCACCUCCUAUGGUUAUUGUGGCAGUUUUAUCAGGUGGUGUUUAGCAGAAAGACUUACCAAGGGGCAGGAGUGAUUGCAUUUCUGUGUCUGUAGGUGGAAGAGGCAGCUGCCAGGCAGGCAGGUCAGUUUGGAGCAGCAACCUUGGAUCAGAGACAAGGAGUGGGGACAGACAGGGUAAAAGGGAUUGUGGAAGUGUGGGUGCCUCUGUCUUUGGAUUCAGAACAAGAUGCACGGCCAGAAUGGCCGAGUCUAUGGAGUCCUGGGUGGAUAAGAUAAUGAAAGCCCAGAGAUGGGCAAGCAAUCCCCUGGGUUAACCAGAACACAGGUUGCAAGGCCUCCUGCUUGCUUUUCCUGUGCCUCAGUUUCCCUAUGGUUAAUAACAGCUACAGUGUAGUCAGAACUGUGCUAUGUGCCAGGCAGUACCAAGCACUUAGAAACUAUCACAUUGACAUCAGCAGUCGAGGGAGGUGGUGCUAUUGUGUUUCACUAAUGAGGCAAUAGGAGCAGAGCCAGCGCUGGAACCAGGGCUUCAGCGCUCCUCGUGCCGGCCCCAUCCCGGUCUAGGGCCGUGCCCAAGGGCAGAGGGCGGGCGCAGGAGGCUGGAGGCUGACCUCGAACCAUGGCCUUUUCCAAGAGGGCAGCCUUUUCCAAGAGGGCAGCCUUUUCCUGGGCUCUUUGAAUUUCUGCAGAAAGAGCAGAGGGUUGGCAUACACUCCUCAUACCUCAUUGAUCUUGGCAGUACUGGCCACCUUUCCAGACCUGCCAGCUGUUCCAUGGCUUUCCAGGGUCCCAGGCACCCCUGUCCCCAGGUCAGUGAAAAAGGCACAGUGCCAAGGCCAGGGGACGAAGGUCAGACCCGGAUAUCCUCUUCCCAGCCUGGCAGCUCGCCUGCUCCUGCUCCUUGGUGCCCGCAUAACCCUGGGCCUUUACAGCACUCGAGAGAUGGGCACCGGGCAACAGAUUAGCUGUGGGAGCUCCCUGUGUGCAGAUCAUAGGGUGGCCUGUCGCCACCUGGCAAACAAAGGCAGAAAGUUAUACUAGCAAAUCGUGACCACUUACUGAGUUCUUACGUAGCCCUUGAGGCCCUAUCAACUUCUGCCUGGAAACACAUUCAUCUCAAUAAACCAUGUGGGCCUUUUUCCUCUCUUUGUUCCCAGCUCAUUAUAUAGUCAGCUUCUGGUUCACAUCAGUGCUCAAAUGUCACCUCUAGAGGGGCCUUCCCUGAUCACGCCAGCUGAAGCAGCCCCCUCGCUCCAUCACAUCACCUGGUUUUCUUGCUUACCACUCUGAAAGUGUUUAUGUGCAAGUUCUGCAUCGACUCCAGGAGGGCAGGGACCUUGCUCUUCCCCUUCGCUGCCGGGAACCAUGCUGGGCACACAGCGGGGGC